CCGUCCCGAGAGGGAGCGGGGCCGGCGGGGCGCGGCUGCGCAGAGCGCGGCUUCCUGAGUGUCUGGUGGCGGCGGCCAUUUUGUGGUGCUUCUUCCCUCUCAGGUUCGGGGCUGCGGUGUCGGGACCUGGCGAGGGGGCGAGACGGAGCGGGGGGAGCCGGGGCCCUCACCCUCACUUUCCCUUCGCCUCCCUGCGCGGCGGAGCCCCCCUCUCCGGCGCUGCCCCCGGCUGCGGCUGAGAGCGGCGCUCGCCCACCAUUAUGGAAGACGACGGGCAGCCCAGGACCCUCUAUGUAGGAAACCUCUCCAGAGAUGUGACUGAAGUUCUUAUACUUCAGUUAUUCAGCCAGAUUGGACCAUGCAAAAGCUGUAAAAUGAUAACAGAGCAUACAAGCAAUGACCCUUAUUGCUUUGUGGAAUUUUAUGAACACAGAGAUGCAGCUGCUGCAUUAGCUGCUAUGAAUGGGAGAAAAAUUUUGGGGAAGGAGGUCAAAGUAAACUGGGCAACAACACCAAGUAGCCAGAAAAAAGAUACAUCCAAUCACUUCCAUGUGUUCGUUGGGGAUUUAAGUCCAGAAAUAACAACAGAAGACAUCAAGUCAGCAUUUGCUCCCUUUGGUAAAAUAUCGGAUGCACGGGUAGUUAAAGAUAUGGCAACUGGAAAGUCAAAAGGCUAUGGUUUUGUAUCUUUUUAUAACAAACUGGAUGCAGAAAAUGCUAUUGUACACAUGGGAGGCCAGUGGUUGGGAGGCCGUCAGAUCAGAACUAACUGGGCAACACGGAAACCACCAGCCCCCAAAAACACACAAGAAAAUAAUACAAAACAGUUGAGAUUUGAAGACGUAGUAAAUCAGUCAAGUCCAAAAAAUUGUACUGUGUACUGUGGAGGAAUUGCCUCUGGGCUAACAGAUCAACUUAUGAGACAGACUUUUUCCCCAUUUGGACAGAUAAUGGAAAUAAGGGUGUUUCCAGAAAAAGGUUACUCAUUUGUCAGAUUUUCAACCCAUGAAAGUGCAGCACACGCUAUUGUUUCAGUUAAUGGAACCACAAUUGAAGGACAUGUUGUUAAAUGUUAUUGGGGUAAAGAAUCCCCUGAUAUGACUAAAAACUUCCAACAGGUGGAUUACAGUCAGUGGGGGCAAUGGAGCCAAGUAUAUGGAAAUCCACAGCAGUAUGGGCAAAUAUGGGCUAACGGGUGGCAAGUACCAUCAUAUGGAAUGUAUGGCCAAGCAUGGAAUCAACAGGGUUUUGGAGUAGACCAAUCUCCAUCUGCUGCCUGGAUGGGUGGAUUUGGUGCUCAGCCUGCCCAGGGACAAGGUGCUCCUGUAAUACCUAACCAAGCUGGAUAUGGUAUGGCAAGCUACCAAACACAGUGAGCUGGGACUCUGUUUAAAAGUGUGUAUUUCAUGAUAGGCUGCAGUUUCCAGUGACAUUCUGAAGACUGGAAUGUAGACAAUGAAAAAAAAAAAAUGAAAAAAAAAAAAAGAAAAUAUUUAUUUUAAAAAUGGAAAUGUUUGGAACCUUUAGCACAGCUUUGCUUUGGUGAAGGACACAAAUGUCUUCUAGUUCUGCCUUUUAAAGUUUUUGUUCAUGAUGGAGAUGAACAUGUUUUUCUUUGUGUACAAAAAUGAAAAAUAAAGUCAAUAAAGACAAUUCUGACUACAAAUUUUGAUAUAGUAGGAGAACUGGCUAAUGGAUUUGAUCUUUAGGUUACCAUUCCAUUCUAUUUUUUUUUUUUUCCUUGUGUGUGUUCUGUCUUCAGUGUUUUACAUCACUGUGCUUUUAAAGAGAAAGGACGUUGCAAAACACCGAGUUGCUUCUGCUCGAACACGCCUCCUGAACUAAACUGUGGACCGAUCAUUCCAACCGAGAAGACAGUAUUGAUUUUCCCAGUCCCUCUGGGCAGAGCUCAGAAAGGAUGUGUAGGGCUCGAAGGAAUGUUUUUUUUAGAGAUAUAUUUAAUUUUUCUACAUGCAUCAAGAGUCUGAUACAAAGAAUAGGUCAGCCUCAAGUGAAAACCAGUACUGUCUGAGUAACGCCACAUCACUCUUGCUGUCCACGUUCAGGCACACGUGAAACCUUUUCAGAGCUGGUUUGCUUAUUAAGACUGUAGGAAUUCGCAUUUGAUUUUGAGAAGUAAAGGGUUUUUGCAAGUAUGUGGUUUGUACUCAAAGCAGACACUCAUACUUGGGCUUUUCCAUCAAGUUUGAAGGCUACACAUUGUAAAUAUUUCAUAAUGACAGUGUUUCAAAAGCAUGCUCAAACAUAGAAGUAGCAAUGUAAUUAUUCAAAGUAAUACUUAAUAUACUCUACUGCUUUAAAGGCAGUAGAUUGACAAGAAUGUGCAAGACUGACAUUUCCAAAGUUGGCUAUUAUGUAAAGUUACAUAAAGAACUAUAACAAAGAGCCUUAAUUUUAAUUUCAUAAACCUUUAAUGCAUCACCUUUUUUGUCAUUAGAAAUACCAAGUUUUUUUUUUUUUUGCUUUACAUUAUUUGGUAUGUAAAUACCUUGGUUAACAACCUUGUAAACCUAUUUCAAGGUUCUUCUAAGUUGUAUAGUAUCUUGAGUGUUUUGAAAAAAUCUCGAUGUUUUUUAAGUCUAGAAAUAUUUUGCCCAAGAAUUUUUUAACAAGAUUGUUAAAAACAUCUUAUUUUAGAGACUAUUCAAUGUGCCAUUUGGUAAAUGGAGAUGCAGUUGAACCAGUACACUGAGUUGUGACUUAUUUUUAAUUCCAGUUUUUUGUCUUUCCGGGUGGUUUGCAUGUGAUGAACCUGUACAGAGGCUGGGUUGUUUGUGUACUGAGUGUGUAAAUGGAUAAAUCAUGAAGAUGUUUCAAUGGUAUACUUGGGUUCUUUCUGAAUUAUUUUAUGGAUACAUUGAUAUAAACUGCCUCAAUAAAUUUGAAGUUGAAAAUGAACGUAAGUUAGAUACAAGUACUGUGUCUUACCUGUGACAGCUAGGGGGUGCAGAUGUUCCAGCUGUGUACCAGAUGCACUGAGGCAGGCGCAGUUCAAGAAGCAACGGUAGGAUUCGCAGUGGUAGUUCAGCGAAGCAAACCUCCAUUGUAACAGGAGCAGGAUGUGUUGUAAACGAGUGUCUGAGGAGCUGUACAUUUGAUCUUUUCUGUUUCCUACCAUGCAGGUGGUAGAAUAGCUUUUUGAAAUGGAAACUUUUGCAGUUUUGUUAAACCCAGCCGGGUUGUGCAAAUAACUACACUUGAUGCUGUAGCAUAUCACAUGAGGUUUGGUUUUUAUUCUCUCCUCUUCUACUUGACAUGUUAAAUAGUACCUUGACUUUUAGUUCAGGUUGGAAGUGAGAUAUAUUGAAAGAGUAAUUUAGUUGGCUCCACUGUACCCAGAGAUACAUGUAACUCUGGGCAUCUAAUGCAUGCAAUAAUGACUGAAGGUAGUGUGGAACCAGAAGUGCUUGUGAUGGCAGAAUUGGCCCUUUUUCUCUGUUUCUCCUUUAUGGUAUCUGUAGUGGUUUUCUGCCUAAGUUAGGAAUCUUGCCUACAGGACCUUGGGUUUUCUAUGGAUUUUUGUAUAUAUGUGUAUAUCUACGCGAGGAUCGGCCUAUACAUUGUAGUUUGGGGGAAAAAAAAAAUCACAAGCAAGUCUGCAGUUCUGUUACAUUUAUCAGGUUUAAAAAGAAAUCACAAGUCAGUAGAUCUAUGAACUGCAAGUUACUGUAGGGUUUCUUAGGCUUCACUUGAAAUCUGAGGUUUCUACAUAAUUCUAAGUGUUUAACAUAACAUAUGCUGGUAUAUAAGCAGUGUGUUCUUUAGGCACUACUGAAGAUCUAGAUGAUGCAAGUACCUUGCCAUAUAAAUGCCCAUAUAAAUGGGUGUAAGAUUAAGGCAGUGAUCUUUCAGGUCUCAAUGUGUAGAUCACCUUAAAUCUGAUUAUUUAAUAUGCCUGCUGUAGAGCUGGCCUGUAUUUCAGGAUGAAAGAUAGUAUCUACUUUCUCAUUGAAGUCUUUUGUCAUUGAUUUUUAUACAGCUUUUCUUUCACGGUGAUAUUUCUUCGCAGACCACUCAAGAUAUGGGAGUCUCCAGUGUCCUUUAAUGUUUCUCUAGCACUGCAGGGGAGAGUUGUAAUUUGGAUUGCUUUCUACUCAGUAGCGUUCAGAAAUGCAUCACUGACAGUGUUUUUUGGCACCAAAGAGCCUCUUGCACCACACUGCUUUUACGAGUGACUGUUACACCACUGUCAUUUCUCUAACUACAGAUAUCAACCACUACCGACCCCUUUGCCACUACAAGGCUUUGGAUUUCCAAACGUAUUGAUUUCUCAUGGCUUGAGUCGAUGCGUACAACCUGAAGCAAGGUUGGAAUCUGCAUUUGCAGCAAAUGUUCAAUAAAAGUGAAACAUGAUAAAGG